AUUUGAACGACAAAAUGAUAAUUUGAUUUUUAAUCAAAAAAUAAAUUUAAACGAAUCUUUAUGUGGAUUUCAACGUUAUAUAAAACAUUUAGAUGGUCGAAUUAUUCUUUUUGAACAUUUUAGUGGUAGUCCAAUUACUUCAGGUUUGAUAAAUACAAUGAUGAAUUAGAAAAUAGAUUUUUAUUUUUAUUUUUAAAGGUACCUAUCGAUGUUUGAAAGGAGAAGGAAUGAUGAAUGAAAAAACACGUGAAUUCGGAGAUUUACUCAUUUAUUUUCAUGUUGAAUUUCCGACAGAAAAUUCUCUAGUUAAUUCGACGUCUGUUGAUCAUUUUGAACAAAUUCAUCCACGAAAAAAAAAUAAUGAAUUACUUAAUGAGGAAAAUAUUGAAAAAUGUCAACUGUCAGAUUAUGAUUAUUUUAGUUCUCAGAAUGAACAAGAAUAUCAACAUCAACAUUCAGGUUUAAAUGUUUUAAAAGGUUUCUUCUGUCGUUUCCUACUUAAGAUAAAACUAUUAUAUUCUACAUUAGUCAUGAAAAAUAUGAAAUUUUAUGAUAUUUUUGGUAUUACGACUUGUGCUAAAACUGAACAAAUUGUCAAAGAAUGCUUCCAGAAGAAAUUUUAUAUUAAAGUAAAUGAAGCAAAUAGUCAACGAGAAUAUGGGCCAUCAAAAACCAAAGAUGUUCAAGUUUCACUCAAAAAUGCAACAGAGAAUGAAAUAAAAAAAGCCUAUCAUAAAGCUGCUAAGAUACAUCAUCCAGACAAAAAUCCAGCUGAUACUGAAAAGUUCAAAGAAAUUAGUUUUGCCUACGAUGUUUUAUCAGAUCCAAACAAAAAACGUAUAUAUGAUAUGUACGGAUUAGAAGGUCUGAAAGAAGGUGGUGGAGGUGGCGGUAGUAAUUUUACUGAUAUUCUCAGUUCAUUGUUUGAUUUUCCUGGUGAUAGUGGACAUGGUUCACCGUUCGGUAAUAUUUUUGGUGGCAGUAUGUUUGGCGGCGGUGGUGGUGGUGGUAGAAGACAAAAUCGAAAACGUCGAGGAGAAGAUGUUGCUCAUCCAUUAAAAGUGACACUCGAACAAAUGUAUAAUGGUGAUACGAGAACUCUUGAAAUCAAUCGAAAAGUCAUUUGUAGUCAAUGCAAUGGAGCUGGCGGACGUGAAGGUGCUAAACAAUCUUGUACAACUUGUCGAGGACAUGGUAUUCAGUUUAUUACGAGGCAAAUAGGACCAAAUAUGAUGCAACGUAUGCAACAAAUUUGUAAAGAUUGUAGUGGUGAAGGAGAAAUAAUUAAUGAAAAAGAUCGUUGUAAAAUGUGUAAUGGAAAAAAAGUUGUGGAUCAAAAGAAAAAAUUAGAGAUUGUUAUUUCACCGGGUAGUAAACAUGACCAACAAAUACCAUUUCCUGGGGAAAGUGAUCAAGCGCCUAAUACGGAGCCUGGCGAUGUGAUAAUCGUCUUACAACAAGAACCACACGCACAAUUUCAACGUAGUGGCGAUAAUUUAAUUAUGAAACAUAAAAUUAAUCUUGCCGAAUCACUAUGUGGAUUUCAAUUGAUAAUAACACAUUUAGAUGGACGAAAAAUUGUAAUAAAACAUCCACCUAAUAAUCCUAUUGCACCUGAUACAUAUCGGUGUGUGAAAGGUCAAGGAAUGAUUAAUAUGAGAACACAUGAUAUGGGAGAUUUAAUUAUACAAUUUGAUGUUGAAUUUCCACAUGAAAAAUUUUUAACGGAUUCUGCAGCACUUAAACAACUUGAAUCUAUUCUUCCAACAAAAGCGAAAGUUGUCAUUCCUGAAGGUGAACAUGUUGAAGAAGCUCAUAUGAUCGAUUUUCAUUCAACAAAAUCUGCCCAUGAAGGAGGUAAUCGCAGUGGUGGACGUGAAGCUUAUGAAGGUGAUUCAGAUGAAGAAGGUAUGCACGGUCCUGGUGUACAUACAUGCAAGUCUCAAUAA